GUAGAUGCCCAUCUCAGCUUAAUUACGCAGAAAGAAAAACAAACAAAAAAAAAAAAAAGCAAACAACGAUUUACUUUUUAAAAACUAAAAAGAUAAUAGUAAAUGAAUUAAAUUAAAGAUUUAAAAUUACUCUGUUUAUUUAUUACGAUAAGAAAGUAACUGAAAUAAGGAUUCUUAACAGCUAACAGAAACCGUGGGAAGCGGGAGAGAGAAGAGAGAAAAAAAGAAGAAGCAGCAGCAGAAGAAAGAAGAGUGAAACGAAUCGUUCCAAACGCUUCUUCCAUUUCCAUUUUCCCAUAAACAAUCAUUCUGCCUCUUUCUUUAAUCAAAUACUUCUUCUUUUUUUUUUUUUUGGAGAGGUCGUUCUCAUCUGGAACUAUCAAUUUUUUUUUUCAAGAAAGUUCCCGUGAAUUUGGUGCCGGUCCGGUUGUCUUUGCUUUUGAUCAUUCCUCAAUUUAGUGAGGAUUGUCUGCUGUUGAUGCGGACUUGGUUGAAUGCGUGAAAAAUUAGGGUUGUUUGUAGUUAAAGAUGGCGCACACCAUGGAAAGGUUUUUAUCAGCAGUAGUAUCCAUGGACAAUCAAGUAGCAGGACAGUCAUUAAUUGGGACUAUCAGAAUUGCUGUUUUACCUAUAGCCAAAGUUUUUACCAUGUGCUUUUUGGGGUUUCUUAUGGCCUCUAAGUAUGUUAACAUCUUGCCUGCCAAUGGAAGAAAAUUACUAAAUGGGUUGGUGUUUUCCCUUUUGCUUCCAUGUUUGAUAUUCUCCCAACUUGGGCAAGCUGUUACUUUAAGGAAAAUGAUGGAGUGGUGGUUUAUACCCGUGAAUGUUGUUCUGGGCUCCAUAUCAGGUUCAAUAAUAGGUUUAGUUGUUGCUUAUGUUGUUAGGCCCCCAUACCCGUUUUUCAAGCUUACUAUCGUUCAAAUUGGAAUAGGAAACAUUGGAAAUGUGCCACUUGUACUUAUUGCAGCUUUAUGUAGAGAUACAUCCAACCCUUUUGGUGACUCAGAAACAUGCAGCACAGACGGGACUGCUUAUAUCUCAUUUGGCCAAUGGGUUGGUGCAAUCAUCCUAUACACAUAUGUAUUUCAUAUGUUGGCACCUCCUCCUGAAGGUACCUUUGACAUUGAGGAUGGAAAUCUUCCUAUCAAGGACACUCCAAAAGAUGGUACUCCAGAGCAAGUUCCACUGCUUACCCAUGAGGAUCUACCAACAGAUUCUGAUGCUUCAAAGCAAGGGAAGUUCAAAGAAAUACUAAUGUACUUAUAUGAGAAGUUGAAGCUCAAGCAAAUCCUUCAACCACCGAUUAUUGCUUCUAUUUUGGCCAUGUUCCUCGGUGCAGUACCAUUUUUUAAGCGAUUGAUCUUUACAACUGAUGCUCCACUUUACUUUUUUACCGACAGCUGCAACAUCCUUGGGGAGGCCAUGAUUCCAUGUAUUUUAUUGGCAUUGGGAGGCAACCUUGUGGAUGGACCAGGAACUUCAAAACUUGGUUUACGGACAACUGCUGCUAUUAUUUUUGCCCGGUUACUCUUGGUUCCUCCUGCUGGACUUGGCAUUGUUAUGUUGGCUGAUAAACUUGGCUUCCUCCCUGCCGGUGAUAAGAUGUUUCGUUUUGUUCUACUUCUUCAGCAUUCAAUGCCUACAUCUGUCCUUGCAGGUGCGGUGGCCAAUCUGAGAGGUUGUGGAAGAGAGGCUGCUGCAGUACUGUUCUGGGUUCAUAUUUUUGCUGUUUUCUCGAUGGCUGGAUGGAUUGUUCUUUAUCUCAACAUACUGUUUUAAAAUCAAAGAGAGAGAGCUAUCCUCCUCAUUGUUAUUGGUUUCACUGUCAGUGUUAAUAGCCAAAUAGGUUGGUGUAAAAAUUCAAAAGCUUCUUGAAAAGGGAGAGCUUGAGCUUGGCAAUUGGCAGUCAUUAGACAUUCUAGAAAUUUUUCACAGCCCAUUGUUACUUAUUUAUGUAUAUAUUUGCAUAUAUAUAUGCAAGUCGCCGCAUCAUUAUUUA